ACGUCACCACGUAGCGUUGCCAAACAAUGGGCAGGAAAAAAGCCACGUUGACGAGCUAGGCUGAAGUCUAAGGGGUGUUUUUGUCGUUGUGAAAAGAGUUUUCUGCAAACACGAAGGCUGUUUUUUUUAUUUUGACAUUUUUUGUUUGAGAUUAGUCAUGUCAUCGCCGCCGAAAGAGAAAAACGAAACCAGAGCUGGACAUCCCCCUGCUGUGAAAGCAGGAGGGAUGAGGAUAGUCCAGAAACACCAGUCUGCUGGAGACUCCACGUCGGACAGGAAGGAAGACAAGGACAGUAAAGAGUUUGAGAGCUGCAGCCCACCGAAGUUGCCAGUUGUGGUGUCUGGAGUGGUGACUAAGGGUGAUAAGGACUUCACCCCGGCCGCGGCUCAGGUGGCUCACACGAAGCCUGUACCCUCGGUGCAGAAGCUGCCGCCGUCCCACCACAUCAACCAGCACAUCCACCAGCCCCGCAAGUGAACCUCCACCUUCUUCCAGUGCACAAGGACCACACCACAACCCCCAACCGAUUCUCAGUCUAUUCCUCACACAUUCCUAGCCCACUCCCAACCAAUCCCAAAACAAACCCCAACCACUUUUCAUUCGAUUCCCUUCUGAUUCUCAAUCAGUCUCUAACCGACUCCCAACUAAUUUUCUCAGUUUUCUGCCGAUUCCGAAUCAAUUUUCAACAAGUUCCCGACUGAUAUCCAGCCCAUUCCCCAUCCGAUUCCUAACCAAUUCCCAGCCAAUCCCUAACCGACUUGCAACUGAUUCCCAACCAAUUUCCAACUAUUUCCCAGCCUUGUCCUAGCUAAGUCCUGACCAGUCUCCAACCAGUUCUCAAUUGAUUUCUAUCAGAUUUCCAACCAAAUUCCAGCCAGGUCCCAACUGAUUGCCCGUCAUUUCCCAACCUGUUCCCAGAUGAUUCCCAGCUGCUUUCUAAACAGUUUCCAACCAAUUUCCCCCGUGUUUUCAACCAGCUCCCAAAUGAUUGCCACUCAGUUUGCACCCAAUUACCAACCAAUUCCCAACUUAUUCAAAACCAGCUCCUAACCAAUUCCCAAGUCAGUGCUCAGGUUCAUCAGGGGGAUUCCCAGCAUUCCUCACAGUCCCUUUCUGUCUGUGCCUGCCAGUGUUCUGCCUUGACCAACAUCCUCAGAACCCGUUUUCUCUCUCUCUCUCUCUCUCUCUCUCUCUCUCUCUUUCUCUCUCUCUCUCUCUCUCUCUCACACACACACACACACACACACACACACACACACACACAAAACUCUACCCGGUUCUGUUCUCUCGUUCCCUUUAAAAAUCUUCUACACUAAAUCUGAGAGCUCUGUCACUGAACACAGAUCAGAAUCCGAGUUCAUUCUAUAGCUGUACUGAAUGAAAGGUUAAUCGAGUUUUAUUUUUAUCUGUUUCUCUUUUAGACCAAUUACUCCUGGAAUGAUGUAAAGUGUAUAAAUCGGUUUGUGUAAGUGGAUGAUAUGAUGUUAGAAAUUAGGUGUGGCUGUCUGAAUAAAGAGUUAAUAUAAAAUCA